GAGCAAGAAGUUCCUUUUGUUGCAACGGCUAUACGCAAGAAGGGUAAGAAACGGACACCCGAGGAAAUGAAAGCAGAUGAAGAAGAAAAGGCAAAGAAGAAAGCAAAGCGAGCUGAAGAUAAAGAGAAGCGUGAGAAAGAGGCGCUCAUCGCUGCUGCUGAAAGGAAGGAAAAGAAACGACUGGAAGCAAUAGAAAAGAUUGAGAAACGCGCAGCAGAAGUAAUUGAAAAGGAGACGAACCGUGGAGAGAGAGACGUCGAAAGAAAACCGAAAAGGCAGCUCACAGCUUAG